AUGUUCGUGAGCGCUGCUCUCAGUGCUGUCGGGUAUCAGAUUAUCGCGGGCUCCUCCACCGGCUUUACCUCCCAGAUCGCGGUCAUGGCAAACACAGCAUCUAAUUGGUGGAUUAUUCUCGUAUCGGCGGCGCAGUCGGUCUUUGGAAAUAUGCUUAUUCGCCGCAUUCAGGAGACAGUGUCUGGGUUGUCGCCGUCUGCUGUGAUCGGUGCAGGAGCUUCCGCUCUCAGGAAGACCUUUACUGCGGAGCAACUGCCUGGGGUCUUGACGGCUUACACGGAUGGACUUACGGGGGCUUUUGCGGUGGCUACCGCUUUGUUGGUUAUAAGUGCCCCGCUGGCUUUGUUGGCUCGGUGGGAGAAGUUUAAGGCCGGAGGCACCACCGCCAUCGGACACCGACGGGGGGGUUGA